CUGCGCAUGCGCUCUGACAGAGAUGAGGAAUCGUGGCUCCGUUAGCAUCCCGAGCUAGCGGACUGGUCGGGGAGCUCGGUGUGGAGGAAAGCGACCUGCGCACUGAAGGCAGAGAGAUAUCAGCGACUUCAAAUACCCCCAGCUAAUCCUUGAGCUAACCAUUAUCCCUCCAUGCAGUCCAGGAAAGAAAGAUAACGGUGAUAAUAACCCCGCACUGCCACCUUAAUUAGCCACCGUGCGAGGAAGAGCAGGAAAACUGCGUUUUGCGGGAAGAGUCUUCCUCUCAGGGAAGAGUACAUUUUGAAUCUCCAGAAUAUAGCUUCAACCUCGACCCACGUUCCUGCUUUGAAGAAUGAGGUUGCCGAGUCACAGACAGUGCGCGGUGGAAGGAGAGGGGAAGAAGAUGGACCAAGCUCCUCCGUUCAGAAACCCUUUUGUGCACGUCUUGAAAUUCACCCCUCUGGAGAAGGCAAAGAUUGCAUUAAUGACAGUCACACUGUUCCCCAUCCGUCUACUCAUAGCUGCAUUCAUGAUGCUGCUGGCUUGGCCUUUUGCCUUCCUGGCCUCAGUAGGGCGCUCAGAGACCACCGUUGAACCCCAGUGCCUCUGGAGGAGACUGGUGGACAUCAUUCUGAAGAUCAUCAUGCGGGUCAUGUGGUUUGCGGGAGGUUUCCAUUGGAUGACCGUGAAAGGACGGAAAGCGUUGCCUGCAGAAGCACCCAUCCUCACCCUGGCACCUCAUUCGUCGUACUUUGAUGCCAUCCCAGUCACAAUGUCGAUGGCCUCAAUAGUAAUGAAGGCGGAGAGCAAGGAUAUACCUCUCUGGGGGACUUUGAUAAAGUACAUCAGGCCCGUGUUUGUAUCACGGUCAGACCAGGACUCAAGGAAGAAGACGGUGGAGGAGAUCAAACGCAGAGCACACUCUGGAGGGGAAUGGCCUCAGAUCAUGAUUUUUCCAGAGGGAACGUGCACCAAUAGAUCCUGCCUAAUCACCUUUAAGCCAGGGGCCUUCAUCCCUGCUGUACCAGUGCAACCUGUGGUGAUACGUUACCCAAAUAAACUGGACUCAAUAACGUGGACAUGGCAAGGGCCUGGAGCGUUUGAAAUCUUGUGGCUGACACUCUGCCAGUUGCACAAUGAGUUUGUGAUCGAGUUCCUCCCAAUCUACACACCCUCAGAGGAGGAGAAAAAGAACCCAGCUCUCUUUGCCAUCAAUGUGAGGCGUGUCAUGGCAAAAGCCCUGGGGAUACCCAUCACAGACUAUUCAUUUGAAGACUGCCAGCUGGCUAUGGCAGAAGGCCAGCUCAGACUGCCAGUCGACACCUGUCUACUGGAGUAUGCCAAGCUCGUCAGGAGACUGGGGCUGAAACCCAAGAACACUGAAAAAGUCCUGCAGGAGUACGGGAACAGAGCCAGGAAGUUAGAAGGACAGAAGCUGGGCUUGGAUGACUUUGCCCAGUUCCUCGACCUGCCAGUUUCAGACAUGCUGCGAGACUUGUUUGCUCUUUUUGACGAGCAUGAAGAUAACUGCAUGGAUAUCAGAGAAUAUGUAAUAGCCUUAUCUGUCGUAUGCAGACCUGCCAAAACUCUGGAAACCAUGAAACUGGCCUUCAAGAUGUUUGAGGCAGAGGAGGAUGGUGCCAUCACAGAGUUAGAGUUGGCAGUUAUCCUGAAGACAGCUUUAGGUGUUACACGCCUCAGUGUGUCACGUCUGUUUACUGCCAUCGAUGCAGAAGACACAGGGAAGAUCACCUUUGAUAAGUUCAGGAGUUUUGUGGAGCAGCACCCAGACUUCUCUGAGGACUACCUGUAUACAGAAAAUGCAGGCCUCCACAGUGGACCCUGCCGCGACCAUCACACAAAGCCAAGCCUGUCUCCCGUGAACCUGCAAGGCACUGCCAGCACCAAAAUAGCGAACGGUAUCUGCCCCGAUUUCAGUCCCAACGAUCACCGCACAAAAGAUGGACUUCACAAGAAACACAACUGAGAGGGAGUAAAAAGUGUAGAGGCAGAAACUAACACCUCUCCUGGUGAGAGGGUGCUGAGUGGGUAGGUAGUUACUUGUCAUUAAGUAAAUGGUUGAAACAGUAAGGGACUACAUUUCUGUAACUACAAACAUGAAGACGUUUACCUGACCCUUUUUUAUUCAUAUUGUUUCCAUGAAAUUACUGAAGUUAUUUUCAGCCUGGUCACAGCUUAUUUUAGUAAAAGAUCUGUUUUUUUUCUUUAAAUAGCAAAGAUCAUCAAAAUGCCAAACAGUGGCUGUUUCAGAUACAAAGCUUGAAUACUUGAAGGGCAAGCACUUACAACAUUUCCUGGGGCAAACAUUUCUACUAUAUUUCCCCCCCAACAUAGUGCUGACUGUGCAUGUUUUUAACAUGAGGGACGCUAGAAAAAACAGCCCUAGAUGGUGACGUUUUAGUAAAACUCAGUGUUUAAUUAUUUUAUUUGUAACUUUUAUCUAUUUCCUCUCUUUAAUGGUAGCUGCCUUUUAGCUAAAAGUGCAGAAUGCAUGGGCUCAUGUUAUUUUGAGCAGUGUUGGGGAUUAUUCCUGUUGGAAGGAAGACCUAAGGGUACCAGUGACAAUUGUGGCUACUUUUUACACGCCACAUUUGAGGUGAACCCGGGUCUCUGUGAUGUGAUGGUCAUAAUUGCAAUGAGCCUGUUACAUACAUACAUAUAUACAUAAAUAUAAAUAUAAACAGUCAUAUAUUUGAUUUAGCUCAGGGUUCAGUAACAAAAAUGAAUAAUUAAACUCGUAUGAUGUCAUCAUUUUUGAUGCUCACUGGGUAUCGCGCAUGUCUCUGUUCCUCAGUACUUCCUCUCCCCAAUCAUCCCUCCUCCACAUCACUGCAUCACUGUCAUUCCUUUCAGGUUAGCGAAAUCAAGUGUCUUUUUUAAUUGUUGAAAUCUCACAAUGUGGACCAAAAAUGCAUUUGGUGAUUUAAUGUCACCUAUCAUGUUAGUGUUUCCAAUCAGUGUAAUGACUUCAAGGGGAAGUUCACAAUGUGUGACCAUUGAAAGCACACUCGGUCGGAAGGCUUUUAUUGGUUUGAUCGAAAGGCACGGUCACACUGCUUCCCUUUCUGCCUUACACUGAUACAGUUUUAAUCAUUCCUACCUUUUCUGCAGCGCAUUAUUUAUACGUCUUCCGUUCCAGGAUGCGUUUAAGGUUUCAAACAUCAGACAUUAGCCCAUUUAGAUGUACACAGAAUAAACUGUGUGCUGCUUUAAUUCAUUAACAGUGAACCUUUAAAUCCAGUGUCAGUAUUUGGGCUUGUCUGCAUUUGGAAAUCACCAUGAGUUUUCCUAACAGUGGUUUAACUGGCACAGCCAAGGUUGUCCAAUAAUGUGAUGAAAUUACCUUUAAAAAAAAAUUGAAAUUGUAUCUCCAACAGACAAAAAGCUCAGCUGUACAUUAGUUUUAGUAAUCUUUAAAUUAUUGAUGACAAUACAAAGUGACCUCAGUUGAAACUAGGAAGAAACGUAACAUUUUUGCUCAAAGGAAUUUAAUCUGAAAUUCCAAUCAACGUUUCAAUGAGUUGACCAAUCAUGUCACAUACAAGAUGAUUUUAUCAGACAUUUGCCAAUGCAGAUCUGGUUUUCCUCUUUCUGCCUCAAAAAGCAGACAAAAUAAUAAACUUGAGAUUAAGUUUCCAAAUGACAGAUAUGUGUCAUUUUAUGUAAUAAUUGAUUAUAAAAGGGAAUACCUCUCCUGAAUGGAUGAAAUGAAACGCAUUCAAUUCUGUUAGUAACCAGUUCGCUCUUGGGAUCUGUGCUUUCAUGGCUGUUUUUUUUCCCCUCUCACACACUCCACCUCUGUCAGUUUUAUAUAUAUAUAUAAUUUUUUUUAUAUUUCUAAGUUCAAUGAGUUGGUGAGUCUCACAUUCCCACCACAUUCAUGACCAUUCAUACUGUAUGUGUGUCUGCGUUCUGGCUUUCAGUGAAGCAAUAUUUCACAUCUCUUAAGCCUUCUCAAGACGUACGCUUUUGAAGAAUUCUGAUAUGUAUUUUGAAUAUUCCAAAUGCAGGACAUUUAGUGAAUUUUGAUAUACGUAUAUGAAUGAUUUUUAUUUUCACUGCCAUGACAAAGAUCUGUGAUCUUCUCUCCUCAGCAGAUUGUAUUGAUGGUGAAAAAUGAGCCACAUUUGUUUUCCUUUGUAUAAUACUGCGAUUGUUUUGUGCUGUAUUCCUCCUACAAAGUGUAAAGUUUUAUUGUUAUAUUAUUACUGUUAUCGCUGAGUUGACUGCUUAGAAACAAAAUGCAGAUUUCUUAUGGAAACCGAUAGCCUUGAAUCUAUAGAAUUUUUAUGCUAAAAAAGAGAAUGUAUAGACAAUCUUGUCACAAUCAGAGGCUACUCGAAGCGCUGAUCUCUAGUGGACAUUUUCUGAAGAAAUCCUGGUUUUCAAAUGUACACUUUUAUCCUGUUAAGACCCUCUCUUUAUUGACUUUUUUAUGUUUUAUGUUGAAGUCAUGCAGGUUGACACAUGCAGAGUGCAAGUGCUUAUGUAUGUAGGCCUUGAGGUGAAGUCUGCCACCACAUGACGGGCCGCAUCACAAAAACACACCAGACUGUACGCACACACAAACUAACAUAAUGUUGAUCUACAAUCUUUUAGUAUUUCCCCAAAUACUUUUUUAAAUUAUAUUUGUGCUUGCACUUUAGAUUAUUUUCUUUAUUUUUCAAAGAGAUAUCACAUUGCUGUUAAGCAUUUUAAAUUUUUAGACUACAGUGUUGUAGCUCAUUUUUAUUCAUAUGAAUAGGUUUUCCAAUGAUAUAUUUGCUACAAAAGAGCAGUACAGAGGAAAUUAGGGAACACACAUUUAAGGAAAGCUAUCUCUCGCCCCAAAUGUCUUUUUUCUAGAUGAAGACAGAGUUUGGUUAAGUCAAACCAACUUUGAAGACCUAUUUUCUCCUCUGUCUCAGGAUUGUGAACAUUUUGUACCUUGGAAUGACUAUAAACUUGUAAGACUUGCCAACAGCAUACAGAUUGAAUGAUGUGUUUGCACCCUGGAAUGGACAAGUGUUAAAUGUACUCCUAAGUGAUGUGAUCUUAUAGUAGGUGGUGAUAUAACUCACUAUGUAUGAGGGAAACUAUACUCCUUUUUUGUACAUUUGUGGGGUAUCUGAUUUGAAUAAAACAAAGGCAAAGAUUUGAUGAACGCCUGGCCCAGAAUGAAACUUAACGAGCCAACAGUCAUGCUGUUUGUUUAAAACAGAAAUUUCAUUUGAAAGUCAGAUAUUAUUUUUCAUCAGUAAGCUAAAUCUGUAUGUUUUAUGUAUUCAAUUGUUACAUUCAGAACAAUCUCACAUUGGGGCCUGUAUGAACAAUCUGGAACUUUUUGCUUUUUACACUUGUUUCACUUCCCUUUAUCCAAAAUACCUCCAUAGAGGUGAAUCUCAUUUUUCUACUUCCUAUCACUGGGGGAAAAUGUAAACCUGCAAGGGAUAAACUUGUAUAUUUAUGCUACUGCUGCCUGCUUACCAGUUUGUCUAGCAGUGAGCCUAAGACGAAAGACUUGUGUACUCUGACGAGCGAUAGUGUCUUUCUGAUGGCUUACUGCACAUGGACCAGGAAACUAAACUCUGUUUUCUCUGUAGCUUCACUUCCUGUCUUUUCUAUACUCAACAGGUUUAUUUUAUUAAUGCAUUUGAUGAUAAGAGUCAUUACUGCAAGCUACUUUGAAUUUGUCUGUUCAGGACUGCUAUGAUAUAACUUGUUAAUGUGACUCUUGGAUUGAAUUAAAAAGAAAGUAACACACAA